AUGCCAAUCAACGAGAACUCCACAUUUGUCGAACUCCCUUGGCUCGAUAAGGCCUCUAUUGCUUUGCCACACUACAUCUAUUCCACUGGUGUUCCUCUGGAGCUCACUGCCUUCGUCGUUUUGAUUGUUCUCGCUACCUCCAUAGUUAUCUUUGGAGCAUACGCUACAGUCCAACAACCUAAGAACGCCAUUGAUGCAAAUGAGGAUAAGGCCUCUGAGCUUUAUGAUAUCACAGACCGCGACGGGUGCAACCUGUUUCUUGGGUCUGCUGAUAGUGCUAAGAAUGUUGAUUUGGAUAUGAUCAGCUACAAGACCGCGUUGGCUUUUCCUGUCCUCGCUGCAAGUGCCUUGUACGGGUUGGACUAUCUUAUUCGCAAGCUUGACGUGUCAAAGAUCAAGUUGUUGAACUACUAUGUCGUGUUUUCGCUGUUUGGCUCAUCGUUUGUGCUGUACAACAUCUUCACCGCUUCAGCAGCGAGGAACUUGGGCUACUGGCUUGGACUCAAGGGUAACCUGUCUGCGUUGAUCAAAAGGUACAGAUUGACUCUUUCAGAGGAUCACGAGUUGCCCUUGGGUCUGUAUGAGCGCAUUGACCCCAAGGCAAUGGGCAUGUCGAAGAAGAAACUAGAGGAGUUCGAGGAAUUCAUGUGGGAAAGAAACCACGCGCAGUUACUACGUCUUCCGAAGAUCAAGUCAAGAGAUCAACUCACCGCCUUGGUGUUCGAUAGCAGGUUGCUCUACCUCAUUUUGGCCUCAGUGGCAACGGCCACAACAUACUACUUGUACAAUCCUCAGUUGCAGGAAAACUACGAUUUGCCUUCGAUGAAUUGGCUACUCAACAAUACUAUUGCUACGCUUCUUGCCAUGGGAGGACUUGCAUUUUUCAGAAUUGGCAACAUCAAGGUUGCUUCUGUGUUACUCAUUGCUCUUUUUGCCUAUGAUAUCUACUUUGUGUUCAAGUCGACCUUGAUGAUAUCUGUAGCCACAGGAAUUGACUUGCCUGUCAAGAUUGUCUUUCCCAGAGCUCCUGCCUCACUCUUAAACUUUAAGCAGAUUGGCGAUAUGCUGUACCAGCAACUUGCUCUUCCAGCUUCUAUGCUCGGGCUUGGUGAUAUCGUGAUACCAGGAACCUUUGCAUCACUAUGUCUUCGUUUUGACUAUCACCUAUUUUACACCAACAACAAGCUUCCUUUCCAUAAGCUUCGCAGCAUUGGAGUACCCAAGUACUUCACUGCUGCGAUAGUAGCGUACGUUGCGGCAUUGAUGGCCACAAUGACCGCUGUUCAGAUUUAUGAUUGUGGGCAGCCGGCUCUCUUGUAUAUUGUGCCAGCAAUGAUCGGUGCAGUUGCCCUUACUGCCGUUGUCAAUGGCCAGUUUAGAGAACUUUGGGAUUACAAGGAAGACAUGGAAAAAUACGAGCCUGAGAAGUUGAAACAUAAACGUGUAAAGGCAGAUGAAGGUGAUAAAGACGUAAAAAUGACUGUUGUGACUUCAGAAACGUUGUACGAGUUUGGUGAUGUCACUGAUGAGAGUGAUGAUACAUUUAUUAUCGACGAGAGCACAGACGCUGACGACGAUUCCGACGAGUCUGACCUUGAGGCUGAAAUCAGCCAUUUGCUUCAGGACCAAGAAAUUGACGUUGAGCGUAUCUCUGAUCUACUGGAUUAA